GCUCCCUCGCCUCCACCACACAUCACUUUCGCUCCUGCGCUGUCGCCCCAUCACAGAACCGCAACUGCACCCGCCGCAUCACACACACUAGCGCCAUGGGCAAGGACGAGAGCAAGAAGGCCGAGAAGAAGGCCAAGCGCGCCGCCGAGGCCGCCGCUGCCGCACUCGCUGCGCCGGCCGACGGUGCCGCUGCCGCUGUGGCUGCGCCGGAGGAGGUGAAGGAGAAGAAGAAGAAGGAGAAGAAGGAGAAGAAGGCAGACGCCGCCGGCGACGUCACCAUGGACGCCGCCGAGGAUGCGGAGGACGCCGUGGAGAAGGGCGAGGUGCCGCCGGAGGCCAUCAGUGCCAUCGCUCACCCGCUGGCGACUAAGAAGCUGUCGAAGAAGGUGCUCAAGACCAUCAAGAAGGCGUCCAAGUCGCGGGGCCACGUGAAGCGCGGCGUGAAGGAGGUCGUCAAGGGCCUGCGCAAGGGCGAGAAGGGCCUGGUCAUCCUGGCCGGCGACAUCUCGCCGAUGGAUAUUCUUUCGCACAUCCCGAUCCUCUGCGAGGAGACGGACAACCCGUACGUCUUUGUCACCUCCAAGGACGCUCUCGGCGCCGCGAGCAGCACGAAGCGGCCGACGUCGUGCGUUAUGAUCUGCCCGACGGGCACGGGCGCCAAGAAGGCGGCGGCGAAGGGCGCAGAAGAGAAGGGCAAGGAGGACUACGCUGAGGACUACGCGGCGCUGCACGCCGAGAUCCGUGUGCUGGACGAGAAGAUCGUGAUGGGCACGCAAUGAGCUGCUGCCGCUGCGUCCGCCUUGCCCCUCCCAUCUCUCACCAGCUCCGUUCCUGCAUCAUUUCUGCCCUGUACACUAGCCCAAUGCACGCUCUCUCGAUACGC